GACAACUGUGCAACAACUUUGACAACCUCGAGCAUCCUCCAGUCUCUCACUCACACACAUUCUCUCAACGUUCGUACGAAGAUGGUGUGCAACAUGGUUUCGUUGAUCUCUCGCAGCGUCCUGGUGAUGCUGAUCGUCUCCUCCUUGGUUUCGGCCAGACCCCAGCAUUUCGGCGAUUCCAGCCAGGUGUUGGGCGAGCAGGAGUCUGAUGGCGGCAACGCUCUUGGAUCGCCCGGUUUCAGCGAUCUUCAACUGGAGAUGUUGGCCCACCGAUUGGCCGAAUACAACAGAGAUCUUCCUGUUGGAUGGGAGAGGAUGAUCAGAUCUCCGGAGAUGAAGAGGCAGAGCCGUUUCCGUCAAUGCUACUUCAACCCGGUCAGCUGCUUCAAGAAGUAAACUUCUGACGCUUCACGAUGCACUCUCUCUCACCUGCGACGCUACAUAUCCAGAAAUAUUGAAUUUUUAUCCUUUUCCUUCCCCCAAUUAUCCUGAUUAGAGCAUAUCCUGCAAUGCACCACAUGUAACCCAGAGCGUAGUUUAUUUAUCUAUAUAGCGUAUAACUGUGUUUUUUUUUUCGGAAUUUGUAAUCAAACGCAAGCUUAGAAUAA